CCAGGGCCGGGCGGGGAGGAGCCUGCAACAAGGCCGCUCAUCCGCCCGGAGACCUACUAAGGUCUCCCCACGUCCAGGAUCCCGUUCAAGGUGGACACCGAGCGCAGAUGGGAGAAGACGCCUGCCCCUGCCCUGCGCGGUCCCCGACGCCCCGCGACGCGAAGCCUCCUCGCACGUCUCCCCCCGCCCCGGGCAUUGGUAGGGCCCCGCGGCGACGUCACCCAUUGUUUACAAAUCAACCAGAGCCGGUAGGAUUCCUGCUGCCGCGGCUGCUGCGCGCGGCUCGGGUGCCUGCCGCUCUCCCGCUUCGCGUCCGCCCCGGCCUCGGCCCCGGCCCCGGCUUCGGCCCCAGCACCGCACCCGGCUCCGCCGCGGCCCACCGAGCCGCCAGCGACGCCCGCAGAGCUCCCGGUUCCGGGGCGGGGGGCCAUGCCGUGCCGGAGGGAAGAGGAAGAGGAAGCCGGCGAGGAAGCGGAGGAGGAGGAAGAGGAGGAGCAGGGCAGCUUCCUCCUGCUGGAGCAGUCGGUGACGCUGGGCGGCUCGGGCGAGGUGGACCGCCUGGUGGCCCAGAUCGGCGAGACGCUGCAGCUGGACGCGGGGCAGGACAGCCCGGCUUCCCCGUGCGCGCCCCCCGGGCCGCCGCUGCAGCCCCCGCGGCCCCCGGCGGCGGUGCUGGCGGACAAGGCCCGGCCCCCCGACCGGCCGCUGCUGCUGCCGCCCGCGCCGGCCGCGGCGGUGAACCCGGCGCCGCCGGGGGCCCUUCGCUGCGCCCUCGGGGACCGCGGCCGCGUGCGAGGCCGGGCUGCGCCCUACUUUGUGGCCGAGCUCGCCGCAGGCCCCAGCGCGCUGCCCGGACCGUGCCGGCGGGGAUGGUUGCGGAGCGCCGUCGCCUCCCGUCGCCUGCAGCAGCGACGAUGGCCCCCGCCCGGGGCGCGCGCCCGCGACGACGACCCGCACCGGCUCCUGCAGCAGCUCGUGCUCUCGGGGAACCUCAUCAAGGAGGCCGUGCGGAGGCUCCAGCGAGCUGUCGCCGCGGUUGCAGCCACAGGCCCGGUGGGACCGGACCACGUCGCCCGGCAGCCCUCGGGCGCCUGGCACUGACCCGGGGCCCCAGGAGGAGGAAGAGGAGGCCGCUGCGCAGACCCAUCAGCGUCCUGCCCUCACCAGCCCUGAGCUGAAGCCGCCUCGGCAGCAGGGAGGCGUGUGGGGGAAACCUCGGGCCGUGAAGUUACCGCCCCGGCGAGGGUGGGAGAAAACUUGAACGUGGAGAAAUGCACGGGCCAGGACAAGUCCGUGCCGCGUGAGAAUUCCUCCGGCCACCUUGGUGCCAAGGAGCUGGGAUAAACUGGGAGAACUAUGGCAGCUACUUUUACUGACUAGUACCUGACCGAACCCUUGGGGGCGUCGUGUGCUUGGAUUGUUUAAAGAUAGGGCCCCAAGGGGCGGGAAUCGUGAGGGCUUUAUAACAAUACUUGAAAAACUGAAUGACAGGAAUACAUUUUCUUUAUUUUCCGGUGGAGGAGCUUAGUGAAAAUGGUGCUACAAUUGUGCAAAGAAAUUCCGGGGGGAAGAAGAAGUGCAGAAGCUUGGUGGGGGGUGGAGGGGUGUAUGACCCCCCCUUCUCCCACCGAAUCGGCAGCUCCCCGAGGUGGGAGAUGUGAACGUCAGUGAGAGGGUGGGAGGGAGGUGGAGAAUUUUGAAGGUGGGUAAAGUUGAAUUUGGAUUUUUAAAGGAAUUGACCUUGCCACCUGUAGUCCAAGGUCACGGUUUGCUGUCUGUGGGAGGCUGUGGGGUUCCUGGGAGAGCGAACUCACCCCCCCGUCCUUUCUCUUCCUCCAAGAAGAGCCCUGUCUGUGCUCUCCUACCUUUUGGGAGUCCCCAGAAAAGACAUAGGUGGAGAGGGACAUGUGGGGAGAGUUGCUUGUUUUUUUUUCUGUGCUUUCCUUUCCAGAACGCCUCCUCCUCCUCCCAUGAGGCCACUCUUGGCCAUGCCCUGCGCUUUCUCAGAAACGGUCAUAAACAAUCUCUUGGAUCUCCAGUCCUCCCAUUCUGCUUUUGUCAAUCCACCUGUUCCGGUGUCUGCACUGGUAGAUGAGACCCCGGCUCUUUUUCUGCUCUGUUCUGGCCUCUCUGUGGAUCCGUGGGUCCUCACCCCUCACAGUUUCCUCCUGCCACCAGCCCUUCUUUGUGAGUGACUGAAACCAUUUUUAAAAUGUGAUUCUCUGAAAGGAGAAACCGCGGGCUUUAUCUUUGUGAAACUUGAUGGCGCUUUAAGCAAGGUGCCACCCUCCCCCCACCCGACUUUAAGGUAGCUAAACCCAUUUUUAAAAAAAAGAUUCAAUGGCUUUUUCAUCCUUCAGAUGUAGCUAUUGAGGUACACUUCGCACCGGAGUGUCUGAAAUUGUGGUGGUCCUGAUUUAUAGGAUUUCUUAAUUAAAAUGUCUGCUGAAUAAAUUUGUUUUUUUGUUUUGGA